AUGCGGAGGCCUUUGUUCCUGCGCAUCGUCAACGCAGUUGUAGCUCGUGACUCGUAUUUCAUGCAAACCACCGAUCCUGUUGGGCGGCAAAGUAUAUCGACUUUGCAGAAAUGCACAUCCACCCUACGCCAACUCACUUACGGAACUACUGCAUAUAUGUUUGAUGAGUAUCUCCAUGUGAGCGAGCAAACUGGACGCGAUUGCCUAGCUAGAUUCUGUCGGGCAGUGAUCAAAGCAUUCAAGGAUACAUACUUGAGCAAGCCAACGACCGACGACGUUUGCAUGUUGGUGAAUAUGCACGAGCAGGUCCACGGCUUUCCGGGGAUGCUGGGCAGCAUCGACUGUAUGCACUGGCAGUGGAAGAAUUUUCCAACAGCUUGA